GCUCCUUUCCUCCAGUUGAAGUGCAGUCAGCCAAUGGCCUGGAAGCUUGGAAAAUUUUGCAGGGCAGUUUCCCCGGACAGCUUUGCAAGGGUUGUGCCAUUUCAAUAGAAGCACACAUCCACACACUGCGCUCUUGGCUUCUGGCUCGCCUCCCAGAUCUGAGAGAUCUCAGAUUCAGCCACCCCUUCUCUCUCACUUUCUCUUGUCCCUGCAGUGUCGAACUUCUCCAAGCUCUGCUAGUCAGGACUCCUGAACAACCAUGGCAGACACCACCCUCCAUAUCGUCGAGCAGCCAGCAGUCUCUGAGGCCUCGGAGGAGCCAGCAGGUGAGACCGAAGAACCCAUCAAAUCUGACCAGAUCAAUGGCGUUAUGGUUCUUACCCUUCUGGACAAGAUCAUCGGAGCUGUUGAUCAGAUUCAGCUGACCCAGAGUCAGCUGGAGGAAAGGCAGCAGGAGAUGGAUGGGGUGGUGUCCAGCAUCCAAGGGGAGCUCGCCAAGCUCACGAAGGCCCACUCCACCACCAGUAAUACAGUCAACAAGAUGUUGGAGAAAGUCCGCAAGGUCAGUGUCAACGUCAAAACUGUCCGGCAGAACCUGGAGAAGCAAGCUGGCCAAAUCAAGAAGUUGGAAUCUAAUGAGGCAGAGCUGCUGAAGCGCAGGAACUUCAAAGUCAUGAUCUACCAGGACGAGGUGAAGCUGCCAACCAAGCUGAGCAUUAGUAAGUCUUUGAAAGAGACGGAAAAAGAAGGCGAAGAGGUCGUGGUGGAUGAGGAGCACCAUGAAGAGGAACAUAUUGAGCUCUCCUCAGAUGAAGAGGUGGAGGUGGAGGAGAUUAUUGAGGAGUCACGGGCAGAACGCAUUAAGAGGAGUGGCAUGAGGAAAGUGGAUGACUUCAAGAAGGCCUUCUCCAAAGAGAAGAUGGAGAAGACCAGGGUGAAGACCAGAGAGAACCUGGAAAAGACCAGGGUGAAGACCAGAGAGAACUUGGAGAAGACCAAGCAGAACCUGGAGAAGACCCGACACAACCUGGAGAAGAGGAUGAACAAGUUGGGCACCAAGAUUGUCACCAAUGAGCGCAGGGAGAAGAUGAAGACCUCCCGGGAGAAGCUGAAGAAGUCCUUCACCCCCGACCACGUGGUCUAUGCACGCUCCAAGACAGCUGUCUACAAAGUACCACCUUUCACGUUCCAUGUCAAGAAGAUCCGAGAGGGGCAGGUGGAAGUGAAGGCCACUGAGAUGGUGGAGGUUGGUGGGGAUGAGGCAGAGAACACAGAUCUGCUGAGGGGUGAGAGCCCUGAGAUGAGCACCCUCUUGCAUAUUAAAGAAGAGGCGGACACGAUGCUGGCAGACAAGAGUGACAGCGAGUGAGGCUAGAGUGGCAUUGGAAGACCAUCAAGAGCUGACCAUGUAAUCUCUCACGUUUCCCCUUUUUGGCCUCACAUGGGUGUGCGCACACACACACACGGAAUAUAUAUAUAUAGAUCUUGCAGCCCCGCCCCCCAAAUGCGACACCAAGGUGCAUUUUUGUAUAUUUCUGUUUCAGCAUAUAGAGCACAGGACUUCAUAGCAAUCCAUCAAACACCAUUCCUACGACCGAGAGCUUGCUUUGCCUGCCAGCCUGCUGUGGCAACACCCCCCGCCCACCCAGCCCAAGGUGCUAUCAGCAAAAUAAUCCAUUUGCAUGCCCAAGAAGCAUGCUGCCUCUUAACUAUUCUCCUUGGGGCUCAAGAAUGCUUCCAGGGACCAGAAGACAAGAUUGGACGGACAGAAGGAAGAGCAGUGUGGUGCAGAACCAAAAGAAGGAAGGGUUUGGCACAGUACUUUACUGAACUGGGGGAGGAAAAGUGACUGGGGAGGGAUGCAAAUGUGAAGCCAUGCAAUGGUGCAAGAGGGAGGUCUGUGCACCCCGCAAACCAUUUUCCAAGAGAUUAUUUUUUAUGCAGUCACAUUCAAAGGGCCUUAUAUUUGCAUACAUGAAAGAACAGCAGCUGCCGCUGUGCAUGCCGGAAGGAGGAGAGGAGAGGAAAGGUGUCCAGGCUCGAAUGGUCAGUGCUCAUUUCCUGGGUAGGGCAUGGUGGGGAGUGGCAGACCAGUAGGUGUGUCUGUGAAAGAGGACAGAGAGCACAGAGAAAAGGUGGAUUGUGAGUCUUUGGCUGCAAGCAAAGUGUUAAUAGCAAGAGCCAAGAGGAAACUCUUGUCCGGUCAGCCAGCCACCUUAACUCCUGUCCCUGAGCUGGAUUCUGCGCACUGAAGAUGGCUUUCUGCAGUGCCUAGAUUCCAGGUCAACAUCUGUGCUUUCCUGCUAGGCUGACUUGCAGCAGCCCAUUUUUAACUCAGGCACUGCUAUUUGGGUGCUCUCCAGUGGGGUACCCAUAUGGGUUUGCUGUCGCUAUAUUGACUGAACUUGCUGCUUGGGGAGGGAGCAUUCAGUGACCCAAGACGUCUUUGUUGUAUGGGUAAGGUGCUUCUCAGCAAACUCCCCAUACUUCGUUAUAGCUACCUCUUUGGGCUUUUUUGUUUUAAGUUUGUGGGUGAGCCUGAAGCCUCACUUUUUUCCCCAAGCACCACCAAAAAGAGGCUUCUUUCCAUGGUGUUCAACACAUGCAGCUGCCUGCACACACACAUCUCUGGUCCACCAAUUCAUGAAGCAGAUGAGCAGCCCCCUCUUCCCCACUUCCUGCUGUGAUUCUCCCAAGCUCCCUUGUGGGAUCAAGGAGGGAAAGUCUGCAGCAUGCUCUGUCCCAGCAGCGAACUCUGCCAGGGUUCCCUUGGCAGUGGUGCCAACAGGGCAAGAUUUGGGGGCAGACAUCUCAGCAGAUAGAGCAGGUGGGCCCCCAAACCUAGCAAAGGCAGCUUUAUCAUAUUUUGAACAAGUAAUGCACAUUGCCACCUGCAGCAAUGAAGUAGUAACGCAUUGCCAUAUAAGCUAAAAGGCUGAAAAAGGCCAUUAAGUCCAGAGCCUAAAACAACCCACCUCCACCAUUCCAUGCCCAGCAUUUCCACCACAACCUAUACCAAUGCUGCCUGCUCUAUCAACUUAGCCAGUAGCUUGGCUGAGCCAUCCAUAGCCCGGUAAGGAGGUAGAGGGGUAUGUGCGUGUGUGAUAGGAAUGUUUUUACUCAACCAUGGAGUGUGCAAGCUCCCACCACACUAGAGUUUCCAGUGAGCCUUUCUGUUCUUGUUACGUUGCUGUGGAUCUUGCGUCCAGGAGAAGACAGGAGUGCCCAGAGUACCAGAUAUGCUUGGACUUUUCUUAAGGCCAUCACACAUAGGGCAGAGACCACACACCACUCUGGGGAGAGAGCAAGGGGCAGGGGGAGGGUUGUGCCAAGCUGCUGCAUUGUUCCUUUUCUAAGACUGCAUCCUGGUGAGCAGCAUGACUAAUAAACUUCCUUUUCUAAAAGAACAGGUGUGAGGUGUUUGCAAGGGGCAGGGGGGGGAGCGGCAUCAGGCAGGUCACUUAGGCAGGUGCAGCGCAGCACCAAGCCACACACAUUAAGGGGACUUCCAGGCUCGCUUUGUUUCAGGUGGGAUUCAGUCACCGCCAAAUUCAGGUUGUGCAGCGAAAGCCAACCUGGUGCUCUUGCUAAUCAUACUUUCUGUGCCGUAAGGAAAGUGACGGGAAAACACACUGGAAUGUGGGGUAGUGGUUUCUUGACACUAUAUUGUAUAACGUCACUGCAAACAAAUUAGACGAAUGUUCAAUAAAUAGCCAACAUCAUCUAA